UUUUUUCCUUUUCUUUCAGGUGAUAGCGGUUAAGCGCCGCUUGAUUCAAUAAGAUUAAUGAUUGUGGUAGAUCCGCUGGAUCCAAACAUUUCCCCGUCCACAGCUGCCAUUAAGGCAGAGACAGAAAAAUCAUCUUCCAUUAAGAAGAGAGUUUAAAUGUUAGCACCAUCUGCCCAAGGUUGUCUUCUCAAUGGCCUUUGUUGUUUCAAUGGCCGGUAAUUUUCCUGUCCUGUCCCCUCUGUGGCGAGCUUUCUGUGGACAGCAGUUAACAGAAAGAGCCUUUCACUGUUAGCUCAGAGGGCCUUAUGUUAAAAAAAAAAAAAAAAAGGGAAAAUCUAAAGUGAAAAGCUUCUGUCUUAUAAAUGAGCCUCCAGCUGUUCUACAGUAACUGAACUGAAUGCGGGUUGAAGGGGUCAAUGCUUAUCUUCCUGUCCUGUCAAACAAUAUUGGAAUAAAUAUGAAGGAUAUCUCUAUUCCUACAGACACCAGAAUCCAGGUCGCCUGAUUAACCUGCUGCAGUUUGCAUGUGAAUCAGUGUCUGCAUCAUCUGGAGUGAUGUUUCAUGCAGACGACAGCACGCUGUCCUUGGACAGUCUGUUUUUUGAGAAACCCAUCGUGCAUGAGGUAAGACCAAUGGCGCCGGAGCACAGCUGGUGGCAACUGGAGGCACCGCCACCGCUAACUCAUAUUCCAGCCACUACGGAAAUACAAGAGGAGGCUGAAUCUCUCUCUGCCUUAUAUGGUUUUAUACAGAAACCCAAAACAUCCCCGCCUCCUUUACAAGAACUCCAGGCCUAUUCUUCUGCAGGCAGUCGUUUCUACAGCAGCUAUGAUGAGGAUGCAGGAUAUGAGGAGGCUGAAGGUGGGGUCACCGGCAGCCCCAGCGGGUAUGACGGUUGCUGGGGCGAUGCAGAAGGUUACACUGAAGGGAACUUUCUGAGCGGCAGAGAUGGAAGUGAAACCCAGCUGGAGUCUCGUCAUGCAGCCGUCGGCGGAUCCCACCCUGGUCCACCUUUAAGAAGAAGCUUGUUUAAGAGUCCUGUGCUGAGCAGCGCUUCGUCAGCCGACGUUGAACUCACGAGCGGCGGUGCUAGCAAGGAAACGUUUCCACCUCAAACUCCCUGCUCCACCAUGUCUCCCCUACCCUGCCUCCCUGCUCCUCUGGGCUCCUCUGCAGCGAACGUCCGACCCCUGCAGCAGGCGCCAGGCGCUCAAACCCUGGUCCGGACCGCAAAGAGAGCCUUGGUCCCUCCCAUGACUCCUCAGCCGCUGCACAUACAAGGAUCUUCUCCCUCUGAAGUUUUGCGACCAGUUUCAGAAAUACCGGUUAAGUUCAGAUCCAUCUUCAGCGAGUUUCCCUUUUUUAAUUACGUUCAGUCCAAAGCUUUGGAUGAUGUUCUUUACACCAAUAAGAACUUUGUGGCCUGCGCUCCCACUGGGUCGGGUAAAACGGUUCUGUUUGAGCUCGCCAUCAUUCGCCUGUUGAUGGAGACACCAGAGCCCUGGAGAAACGUCAAAGUUGUAUAUAUGGCUCCCAUCAAAGCUCUCUGCAGCCAGUGUUACGACAACUGGAGCAAGAAGUUCGGCCCCCUGGGUCUGACCUGCAAGGAGCUGACGGGCGACACAGAGAUCGAUGACUUCUUCGAGAUUCACGACUCCCACAUCAUCCUGACCACGCCUGAAAAGUGGGACAGCAUGACAAGGAAAUGGAAGGAUAACUGUUUACUGCAGCUUGUGAGACUCUUCCUCAUUGAUGAGGUGCACGUGGUGAAGGACGCCACCCGUGGCGCCACCUUGGAAGUGGUGGUGAGCAGAAUGAAGGCGGUGAAUUCCUACAGAGCAUCUCAGAGCCCAGAGGGAAGCUUCACCAUGAGGUUUGUGGCCGUGUCGGCCACGGUCCCCAACGUAUCAGACAUAGCAGACUGGCUGUCCAACGGGAGCGAGCCUGCUACGUUUCUGAGCAUGGACGAGAGCCACCGUCCCGUAAAGCUGAGAAAGGUGGUCCUGGGAUUCCCCUGCAGCGCAACGCAAACAGAGUUCAAGUUCGACUUGUCACUCAACUACAAGAUGGCUAACAUCAUACAGACUUACUCUGACCAGAAGCCCACGCUGGUGUUCUGCUCAACCAGAAAAGGAGCUCAGCAGUCGGCUGCGGUUCUGGCUAAAGACGCCCGAUUCAUCAUGAGCUACGAACACAAGCAAAGGUUGAUGAAAUAUGCAAACUCCAUCCUGGAUACAAAGCUCAGAGAUCUGAUGAUGUUAGGAGUUGGUUACCACCAUGCAGGCGUUGACUUGUCUGACAGGAAGCUGGUAGAAGAAGCUUUUACCCUGGGAGACCUACCUGUCCUUUUUACAACUCGGACGCUGGCCAUGGGCGUGAACCUUCCCGCUCACCUGGUAGUGAUCAAGUCGACAGUGCAGUACGUGGCCGGCUCCUGCGAAGAGUACAGCGAGGCUGACAUCCUGCAGAUGAUUGGCCGGGCCGGACGGCCUCAGUUUGAUACGUCAGCAACAGCAGUGAUCAUGACCAAGGUUCAAACCAGAGAGAAGUACAUGAAGCUGAUGAAUGGAAUGGAGAUCAUUGAGAGCAGCUUACACCGUCACCUGAUGGAGCACCUGAAUGCUGAGAUUGUUCUCCAAACCAUCAGUGAUGUCAACAUGGCUCUAGACUGGAUCCGCUCCACUUUUCUCUACAUCCGAGCUCUUAAGAACCCCUCUUACUAUGGUUUCUCUACCAACAUUGACCAAUAUGGCAUUGAAGCCAAACUCCAAGAACUGUGUCUUAAGAACCUCAACUCUCUGUCCUCCAUUGACUUGAUCAGCAUGGAUGAGGAUAUCAACAUCAAAGCAACUGAAGCGGGCAGGCUGAUGGCGAGGUAUUGCGUUGCCUUUGAAACCAUGCAGCUGUUCAGCAGAGUGACUGGCACAGAAACCCUGCCUGAGCUGGUUGAUCUGGUGUCAAAGAGCAAGGAGUUCAGAGACGUUCAGUUAAGGGUGAAUGAGAAGAGGCCGCUGAACACUCUGAACAGAGACAGGAACAGGACAACCAUCAGAUUUCCUCUAGAGGGAAAGAUCAAAACCAGUGAGAUGAAAGUGAACUGCCUGAUUCAGGCUCAGCUGAGCUCCAUCCCAGUUCAGGACUUUGGUCUCACGCAAGAGACGGCAAAGAUCUUCCGGAUCGGGAUGCGCAUCAGCAAAUGCCUGUCAGAGUUCCUCAUUCAUCAGGCUAAGGCCGGUUUCUCUGCUGUGCUGAACUCCCUGAUCUUGGCUAAGUGCUUCAGAGCUAAAGUUUGGGAAAACUCUCCUUUUGUUUCCAAACAGAUCGAGAAAAUAGGUCUGACUCUGUCUACUGCGAUGGUGAAUGCUGGACUCACCAGUUUCACGAAAAUAGAGCAAACCAACCCCAGAGAGCUGGAGCUGAUUCUUAACCGACAUCCACCAUUUGGAAACCAGAUCAGAGACUCUGUCAUACAUCUCCCAAAGUACGACGUCAACCUGGAGCAGCUGCCAAGGUACAGCAGCUCCACAGCGGAGAUUUUGGUCAAGGUGACAUUACUGAACCGAGCCCAGCUGCAGUCCAAGAGAACAGCUCCAGCCAACCACUGUGUGUCUUUGAUCGUCGGCAACUAUGAAAACAACGUCAUCUUUCUACAGAAACUCAUGGACUCCCUGUUGCUGAAGUCUGGCUGUUGGACCAAAAAGAUCGAUGUGCCAAAAGCUUCCAAAGGAAAUGAGAUCAGUGUCCAUCUCAUCAGCUCAGAAUAUGUGGGGCUUGACAUCCAGAUGAAGUUUCCUGUGUACUACUCUGCAACCAGAAGGUUUGGGACUGAAGUUGCCUUCAACGUAACAGACGUUGCUGUUGGACAGAGACCCCAACGUUUCGAUCUGAUGCUGCAGGACGCAGCGCAAGGAGAAAAUGUCUCAUCCACCAAAGAGCAAGAUCCAGCCAGUAAAAGAAACAAGCCAGUAAAAGAGUGCAACCAUCUCUGCAAGAAUAAAAGUCUCUGUGCUCAUGGCUGCUGUAAAGUAGGUGUUGCUGUUCCACAGAAAAGGUCGAUGAACAAUGAAUCCAGCUUCUCCUCUUACCUGGAGGACCUGAGGAGCAGGUCUGAAGUACUUGAACAAACGCCUGUCAAAAGACUAAAGAUGAAAAUGAGUGAAGAGGCUGUCAACAUGCAGAAGUUUGCUUACAAACCCAAAGGAACGCUUCCCUCUGUCUCCUGGCGUGCAGAAAAUGCGUUCAGAGCUGCAGACCCUGAGCUGACAGCAGCAGACUGCGCUCAGCUGCCUGAUGUAUUUUGUCUGGAUGAUCUUGACCGAGACGACUGCAUAUAUGUUGCCAACGGUCCUGAGGGGAGGGCAGAGUCGCCCCAAACUUCUGCUGCAGCGCCUGCUCAUCACAAAAAUUCCUCCUGGUUGACGCCCCUGCCUCUGAGCUCCCGACAGAGAAUAGACCAGAGCAGCACGGGCGACUGUGCAGCAUUUAACCGCUCCACUGUGGCUUCAGAGCAGAGCCGUUUUUCUUCUGUCCAAAUACCAACCGUGACCUUUGACCUGGGAAAUGAAUGGGAUGAAUGGGGAGAUUUCGACGACGAAAACUUGCUGAAUUCCAGCGAGACGCCUCCGUGUACGACCAGCUCCCAGCCUGAGGUGCAGCAGAAACACCGUAUGUCAGGUUGUGCUGCAACAUCAUCAGCAGUGUUUAUCAGCAGCACACAUGUCAAACCCAGUCUCACCACACCACUCAGAUCAGUUCCAAGACCUGAGGUCAGGGAAGCUGGACCCUCUGAUUCCAGUCACUCCCUCAUAUCCCAGAACAGAAUCACUUUGGACUGGAUCCAACAGAGACCAAACAUUUACAGCACUGGGCUCCCAGUAAUAACACCCCAAAAGCUCCCAGCACAGACUGUGGGAGGAAAGGUCAGCAGAAGGUUGGAUUUCUUCUCCACGGUGACGCAGCCACCCGGUUCCAGCUCGGCUCUUAAUCCGAGCGCAGAGGAGGAAGCUUUCCGGGGCAUAUUUGAUGGAAUAUUCUAGAAACACUUGUUUUUCCUCAGAUAUCAAACUAUCAAUUGGAUGCUUUACCUUUUCUCUUUCACAAAUCUACCAGAUUUACAUUUCUACGCCGAGUUUUACUGUAACGAGUUAAUCCUCUAAGAUUUAACUAGUUACUUUAGUUAUGAUUGUUAAGCUAUUUGUGCAUUUCCUUGUUAAAAAAAGCAUAUGUUCGUUGUUUAUUUAU